UUAUGAUCAUUGUACAUGCCGUUUAAACUGCUCGUUGAUAUUUGAUAUUGUACUUAAACAUUUAAACCAAUUCGUUCCCACACGUUUCGUACAAUACUCCAUUAAUUGGGUUAUUUAUUGCCCAACCUGUUUUGGUUAAUUUUAUUGCUUCAAUAAAUGUAUUAAACUUAUCCCCUUUGAGAAAGUGUGCCCGUUGUGAGGCUUGAUUCAAGCAAUGAAACAUAUUUAAGAUUUUACUUGAAGAAAUAGUCUAAAGAAAUUACCAUUAAUAAUGGAUUCUCCAAGUCUGGCAUAUGAGGAGGAGGUAUAUAGCAGAGUCUGGUCUGUUUUAAUUAGUCUUAUUGUCAAUCAGCCUUAUAAAAGGUGUGCCAGUGAUGUGUGGUUUGGAAGUCUCUGCAGGUAUUGCGGUACAGCAAUUAAUAUGGUGUUGACUCUCGGAUUAUGCACAUUGUUGGACUUAAUACACACUAGCCUUGACCUCGUAUUUAACUUGAGGAGCAUCUGCGACUCGUAUGUAAAGUGACUGUUUUGUGUUGUUACUGUUGCCCAGACGGCCAUGCACAAUCUCGAAUGGUUUUGUAUUUUAAGGCUUGAGUUGGAGUAAAAGCUCCAUUUUGUCUGAGGAAUGGGUCACUUAUAUAAUAAAAGCACCACUUCAGACAGUGUCAUCUUGGUACCAAGACAAAGCACUGGUUGUUUAAGGACAGUUGAAUUGAUUGUUGGAAUUCUUUUUUGUUAGUUUUUAAAGUGAUUCCCAAUGAUUUUGGUUGAAAAAAAUUGAGAUCAAAUAAUAUUUGUAAAGCCCUUUAGUAAGUGAGGCAUAGUUUUCAUAAUGGCGAUUCUUUGUAUGUCAGUGCAGCAGUGCGUCCGAUUGGACUGAACCUCAUUCAGGCUGUAUCUUGACCAUGCAUUUUUGGAUUUCCAAAAACUUGCCAUGAAGGUACACCAUGAUAUGAUGUGUCGGGCACAAGACCCAGGUCUGUACGUCAAAGGUCAAAAAAUGUUUGAAAUGAUCCUUGUCCAUAGCUGUUUCAUGGCCAUGCAUGAUAGGAUUUUCAACAAACAAGCCAUGAAGGCUCACCAUGAUAAGACGGUGUGUCAAAUGUUGAAAUGAUCGCUGUUGUUAGGACUACCUUCUCUGGGCCUUAUCUUUACCAUGCAUCAUAGGAUUUUCAAGGAAGUCAUCUUAGUUGAGAUGAAUGUGUGCGUUUAGCCUGAAAGUAUGGAGCUUUUUCAUUAUGGGGAAAAGGAUUUUCAAGAGAGUACAAAGCCCUGGAAUGCAGGCGAAAACAGAGAGUUGAGUGCAUUUGACAAGUGUCUGUGUGCGGGAUGGGACAGAGCUGUUGAGGCAGGACAUUUCCGCUACAAACUUAACAUUGAUCAGACAAAGGUGAUAGGCAAACUUGGAUAUGUUGCACAGCUUAAUGAGAAGCGGGCUCAGGAGCGUAGGAAGCCAGACAACAUCUGCUCUGUAAACCAGCCAUUCAACCCAGCAACCUUCAACUUUGGCAAGAUACCAGCCAGUGAAGUGCUCUUUCAGCUUGGGGAUGGGUGUGUCAAUGACUUGAAUGAUAAGAAUCAGUGUGGGGAUGGAACAAAUAAAGAGGUCAUGAAGGUUCGGAACUUGGUGGUAAUCAAUGUGAGCCCGCUGGAGUAUGGUCAUGUGCUGUUGGUUCCUGAUGUGGAUGCCUGCAAUCCGCAGAUCCUUACACAGUCUUCCGUUCAACUGGCAUUAGAGAUGCUUCUCCUCAGUAAACACAGCGGGUUUCGUGUUGGGUUCAACAGCCUGUGUGCCUAUGCCUCUGUGAACCACUUACAUCUGCAUGCCUACUACCUGAACCACGAACUCUUUAUAGAACACACGCCCGUGAACAAUUUAAAAGGGCCACUGUAUGAGUUGACAUCAAUGCCAGGCCAUGGGUAUGCUCUUCAGCUGCACGGAACAGAUCAUGUCACACUUUCAAGAUGGGUGUUCCAGAUAACAGAUUACUUCCAGAAGAAGGAAGUUGCCCACAACAUGUUUAUGACCCGUGGCUCUGUAUUUGGUGACCCACAGGGCAGCACCAACCGCACUGUUCGGGUCUUCAUUUGGCCCAGAAAGAAGUUCAUAGGUACCCACAUGUGGUUGAAGGAUGAGGCAGCCUUCAAUGUUGCCCUUGUUGAACUUGCUGGUCAUCUACCCAUUAAAGUGGAAAGUCUGUUUAAUGAGCUGACAGAGGAGAGUAUUGAGUCUACAAUACGCGACCAUCUUCUACAGUCCACCGAGUACGAGACAAUCAAGCAUGACCUUGUCUCAAUGUUCUCCCAACAAGGCAGUUGAUGACGGCUAGCUGGGUUAGCCAGGAACUGUAGCUAUGACAACAUGUGUUCGUGACACCAAGUGUUCAUCAGUGAUUUUGAAUUCCAGUGAAUUUUAAUGUAAAUAGGCGGGAAUGUGAUAUGUUGUUAUUGCUCAAUUCUCUGUCUGUUGAUUAAUCGUUUUUAUUGUUAUCCUUUAUUGUUGUUGUCUGUUUUUGAAGCAAGAAAGUCGGCUUAUUGUGAUAGCUUUGGUGUCGACUUCAAGCGCAACUUUUAAUUUGAAAUACAAAUGAAGCAUAUGCACAUGUUGUCAGAGACAAUACACACAUGUAUAACAAGGUAUACAACUCUUUAUUAAAUAAUCAUUGAUUUAUGACCCUUGUUAGACUGAACAAAGAAAAACAUACAAGUGUAAGUGUUUGCUUCCGGUAGCUCUGGUAUAUACUCUACUGUUAUGAUUAUUUUAUCGUCUUUCAGUGUGUUUCAGGGGUUUUCAGGGGGUUUUGUUAGCUUGUUUAUUUUUUGGAAAAAGUAUGUUGUGAUAGUCUCAUAGCUCUGUGUUGUUUGUGGUGUCACACUAAGCUAUAGUGGUGCUCUUGUUCAUUUAUUUUGAUUUCUCUUGAAGUUGAUAAUUUACCUUUAUUCCAUGAUACAUUUUUUUUAUAGAGCUUUACAUAGAUAAUUGCUGUGUGACUUAUGUGACUUAAGCAGUGCAAUUCUUUCACCCAGUUUUCUCUUUUGAUUUAAGUUCUCAGGUGGUAGAAGCUGUGGUCCCAGCAGCUGUCCGCUUUUCAAAGAUAAAUGGCUGGGCCUCAGCUUCUCAUUUAAUUGCUCUUGUGAAAUAUAGGUCAGAUACAUGAAAAUUCCUCAACUGCCCAACAUAGACGGUGAAUCCUGUUACUAUAAUAUGCCCAAUGCAGAUAAAAAACUUUCUACAUUAUUCAACAACUACUUUGCACAUAUGUAUGUUCAAUGACCUCCACAAUGAAUUGAAGUACUCACAAGACUUGGUUGAUGUAAUGAAAGAUGUGUCAUAUAUUUGAUAUUUGUUAUAUAAUAUAUGGCUUUCACCAUAUGAAUAACCUUGAAUCAAGAGAUCUUGCGGGAUUCUUUUGUUAUGCUCUACUGUUCCUUCUCAGUAAGGAAGACACUUGAGUCAAUGUAAAGUGAAUACUGACAUCCAGGCUCAUUAAAAAUAGCAAAUUAUUCACUGCAAAUAUAUUAAACAUUUUACUACUUCCAAUUAAGAUUAAUAAUAUUUGAAUGCUAAAUGGUUAUUUUGUUGAAAUUCUGGUUGGCUGUUCAAUCUAACAUCACAUUUGUAGGAACUUGUUUUGCACUUUCAUUUGAUCUUUGUUUCUGGUGUCUCACCAUUGUCUUUGAAAAAAUAAAGAUUAUCGUGUUAUAAUGCAUUUUGCUUAGGAUUAUUUGUUUCAUUUAUAUUUGAACAAAACCAUUAGAGGGAGGUUGUAAGAAGAAAGUUUUCUUAUUUCUCGAUUAUUUGAUAUUCAUGUUCAUGAAAUACAAGAACUCUCAAUAAAA